CCAUCUGAAGAAGUGUGUGUGUGUGUGUGUGUGAAAGCCAAUCAAGUGCCCUUCUGAACAAACACAAUUUGUUGUUGUUUCGGUGCAAAAGUGCUUUUGGGGAAUUUUAAGUGGGUGGCUUGUGGCUCGCAUUUGGAUAUCAGCCGUAUCUCAAGUGCUCCCCAGUUCGUGCUCAUGGAUUGCAAGCUCAAGGCAGCGCAGAUAAUAAAAUAAUUAUUUGUCAUACCCAUAAGCAUCUUUAAGCGCUGACCGAGUGCCACUUUAAUCAUCAGCGACGGAUGUCCUGAUUUUCCGGCGAAGGGAUACCCAUACAUACACAUACACAAUUAGCCACAGUGGAUGGGUCUGAAAGUUGCGACCCGCACACGGAAACCGCAUAAGCACUCGGCGAAAUCUUCCCGGGGCGAGGACCCCAAAAAGCACCGGCCAAACAAACAAAAACAAAAACAGACGCCCCAAUGUCGGACACAAUCUCCUUCGAGUUGGGCUCAGCGGCCGACCGGCCCCCCAACAGGUUUCAAGUGAACCCGGUCAACGGCAACAGUCGUAAGUCGCAGGGAGCGGAUGGCCCAGGAUCCGGAUCAGGAGCGGGAGCUGGAGCAGGAGCAGGAACUGGGGAGGAUGGGCCGCACGAGGUCUACCGCCGACUCACAAACGCCGAGGGCGAGCUGCUCGAGGACGACACAUUCGAUGCGACACAAAUGCUCAACCAACGGCAGCCCAGGCAGCAGAGGCAAUCAAUCAAAAGCAGUUUCCGCGACAAGGAUAAACCGUCAAGGUUCAAGGAUCUGCAGACGACGACCCGCUUCCAGGUGGACCCCCAAAAUGAGGAGUCCGAUGAGUCCAAUGACUCGCAGGAGGAGCGCGAGCUGCUGGACAACGAGUACGACACAAAAUAUGGUAAAAGUUUCCGGCAUUUCACCAGAGAGGCGUUACCCCGCCUGGACAACUACCGCAACAUGAUGUCCAUCCAGGCGGCCUACCGUCCAACGCUCGACGAGCUGCACAACGCCACGCUGGUGGGCAAGAACACGCACAGCUUGACACGUAAUCAGGACCCGGAGUCGGGCAUCCUGAAUGGGGUCCUGAAAUUCGGCUGGAUCAAAGGUGUGCUCGUCCGCUGCCUGCUGAACAUCUGGGGCGUGAUGCUGUUCCUGCGUCUCAGCUGGGUGGUGGGUCAGGCGGGAGUCAUCGAGGGAUUCGUAUUAAUUCUGACAACGACUGCUGUCACGACCAUCACGGCCUUGUCGAUGUCGGCGAUAAGCACUAAUGGUGUCAUCAAAGGGGGUGGCACAUACUAUAUGAUAUCCCGGUCUCUGGGGCCGGAGUUCGGCGGAUCCAUCGGUUUGAUAUUCUCCCUGGCGAAUGCGGUGGCGUGUGCCAUGUAUGUGGUCGGCUUCUGCGAGUCCAUGUUGGCCAUGAUGACGACCUUUGGCUGGGAAAUCAUAGAUGGUGGCGUUCAGGAUGUGCGCAUCAUUGGUUGCAUUACCAUACUGCUGCUCCUCAUCAUUGUGGUCGUCGGCAUGGAGUGGGAGGCCAAGGCGCAAAUCGGACUGCUUAUCAUCCUGCUGGUGGCCAUUGGAGACUUUGUUAUUGGCAGCUUUAUCGGACCGAAGAGCGAUGCGGAAAUGGCCAAGGGAUUUUUGGGAUAUAAUGCCACUUUGUUUAAGAACAACCUUUUUGCGGACUAUCGCCCGGAAAAGGGAGGCAUUCAACACGAUUUUUUCUCAGUGUUUGCUAUAUUCUUCCCUGCCGCAACGGGCAUCUUAGCUGGAGCCAAUAUCUCGGGCGAUCUGAAGGACCCACAAAAAUCCAUUCCAAAAGGCACGAUCCUGGCCAUCGUCAUCACCACCGGAACCUAUCUGAUUAUGGUACUCCAGUGUGGUGCCACAGUGGCUCGUGAUGCCACGGGGAAUCUUACAGAUGUCGUCAACGGCUCCUUUGCAUUCCUCGACUGUCAGCCUGGUGAAUGCAAUUACGGCUUGCAAAACUCAUUUCAAGUAAUUGAGUUGGUAUCCGCAUUUGGCCCGCUGAUUUACGCCGGUUGCUAUGCUGCCACCUUAUCCUCGGCAUUGGCCAGUUUGGUGUCUGCUCCGAAGGUCUUCCAGGCUCUGUGCAAGGAUGAGCUGUAUCCGAAGAUUGUGUGGUUUGCCAAGGGUUAUGGCAAGAAUAAUGAGCCAGUUCGUGGCUAUGUGUUAACUUUCAUCAUCGCCUGUGCCUUCAUUUUGAUUGGCGAACUGAACCUGAUUGCCCCGCUCAUAUCGAACUUCUUCCUGGCCGCCUACAUGUUGAUCAACUUCAGUACCUUCCAUGCCAGUCUGGCCAAGCCAGUGGGCUGGCGACCGACCUUUAAGUAUUACAAUAUGUGGCUGAGCCUGUUGGGCGCCAUUCUCUGUGUGGCCGUCAUGUUCCUCAUCUCGUGGGCCACUGCACUCAUCACCUUUGCCGCCGUGCUGGCUCUGUACUUAAUUGUGGCCUACCGGAAACCGGAUGUCAACUGGGGCUCCACCACCCAGGCUCAGACGUACAAGAACGCCCUGAUGUCGGUGCAGCAGCUGAACAAUGUGGAGGAGCACGUGAAGAACUACCGGCCACAGAUCCUGGUUCUUUCCGGUUUGCCCAACACUCGGCCGGUGCUCGUCGACUUGGCUUACAUGCUAACCAAGAAUUUAUCUCUGCUUGUCUGUGGUCACGUUCUGAAAGGUUCCAGCUCGCAGAAGUAUCGGACAUAUCUGCAGGAAAGAGCAGCCAAUUGGUUCCGGAAGCAUCGCGUUAAGGGCUUCUAUGCCCUGGUGGAUGGUGAGGACUUUGAGUCGGGCACUCGGGCUCUGAUGCAAGCAACUGGUAUUGGAAAACUUAAGCCGAACAUCAUCCUGAUGGGCUACAAGACUGACUGGCAGACGUGCGAUCACAAGGAGCUGGAUCAGUACUUCAAUGUGAUGCACAAGGCACUGGACAUGUACCUAUCCGUGGCCAUUUUGCGUGUGCCCCAGGGUCUGGACUGUUCUCAGGUGCUGGGCUCGCAGGAUGGUUGGAAGACCAUAUCGGAUGUGCCGAGAACCCUGCAGCCGAACGAGAGUUCCGGGGAUCUGCAGGCGGUGGACAGUAGUGUCAGGAACGGUUUGAGUGGCAGCAUUGACUCCCUCAGCAGAAAUGUAUCGCAAGAAGACCGAAACCGCAACCAGUUGGUCCACAGCGAGCAGAACAGCCUGAAGAUAGUCAAAUUGCGAUUCAAGCAGGGCCUGCGGAGAAUGCGCUCGUGGCCAGGUGCAGCCUCCAGCACGAGUGACCUGUCCUUCAUUGCGGGCAAUCAAUCCAAGGAUGUUUCCGGCAUGCCGGAUCCACUCGACCAAUCCAAGUCGACCAAUCUUGUGAGCAAUUCGUUGCGCAAGUCCAAGCUAAAGCACGAUGAUCCGGCUUCCCUUUACAAGGGUCCUGGUGGCGCUGAGCUGCCCAAGGAGGUCCUGGCGGACCUUACCCAAUUCACGAGAAAACGCAGCCACGCCGUCAUCGAUGUCUGGUGGUUGUACGACGACGGAGGACUCACUCUCCUGCUGCCCUACAUCAUCAGUACGCGGCGCACCUGGCAAUCCUGCAAAUUGAGAGUUUACGCGCUGGCUAACAAAAAUUCGGAAUUGGAGUUCGAACAGCGCUCAAUGGCCAGUUUGCUGUCAAAGUUCCGGAUCGAUUACUCCGAUUUGACACUGAUACCGGAUAUAACGAAGAAGCCCCAGGAGACAUCCACGCAGUUCUUCAAUGAGCUGAUUAAGGACUUUGUUGUCACCGAAAAGGAUGGCGAGAAUGGCACCAGCAGCAGGGCAACUCUCAACGAGGACGAUGCCCUCAUAACCGACGAUGAUCUGCUGGCGGUGCAGGACAAGACGAAUCGGUACCUGCGGCUGCGGGAAUACCUGCGGGAGCAGUCGACCAAGUCGGACCUGGUGGUGAUGACCCUGCCGAUGCCCCGGAAGAACAUCGUCUCCGCACCGCUCUACAUGGCCUGGCUGGAGAGUCUGAGUCGUGACAUGCCGCCCUUCCUUUUCGUGCGCGGCAAUCAGACGAGUGUGCUGACCUUCUACUCGUAGAAGGACCCGCGGGUCCUGCCAGUCGGAUUGGAUUGGAUCGAAUCGUAUCGGAUCGGAUCUAUUGUAUUCUACUUACACCUACAGACACUCAAACUCACCGUUAUCGUUAGGCGAACGAGUAUUUUAUCUCUUAGAAGUACCACCCAUGUACAUAAAUUUAGGGACACCCCACAAAACGCACAGAGGCACUGGCAUCAGCAGAGGGAUCAGGAAUCAUCAUCAGUUGGUCCAUCACAAGUGUGGAUGGAUGCCUUCACCGGUCCAUCUCUGCGUCGUCAAUAUAAAUACUGUUCUAGAAGUCGAGUUAAAUUCAUAUUUAAAUGCAGUGCUAAUAAUUUUUAAAA